AUGCACCAGGGUGCAUUUUCCUUCAUGUUGUCUAAUACAAUUUCACUCUGACCUGACCAUCACGGUACGCUGCGAUAAUUUUUUCUAGUUUUUUUUUUUUACCAAUUUUUCUGUCUUUUAUAGAACCCAGACCUGGCUGGCUGACGUCGCGCUGCCGUGAGGACCCUAGCGAUGGAGGUGGCUCUCCUGCUCCUGGUACUGAGUGGAUCGGUAAAGGCGGGCGACAUCCUCAGCCUCCUGCCGUCCAACUGUGUUGCCGAAAAUUCCGGCCAAGUAGUCCAUCCCUUCGGCAAUGUUCAGCCCUCCGUCAAUGUCAGUGACACAUUCGAAGGCAUGGCAAACAUCACAACCUCCGUUGUCAAUCGCAUCAAGAAUGAAACCCUCGCAGAAGAAGCGUUUUGCACUUGCCUGACUGACAACGGUCUGAAUCUGGAGACUGGCAUUCGACAUCAGCUACGCAGAAGCCGCCACGCUCUGGCAACCGCAUACAACUGCACCAAGCAGUACAGCGACAGGAUGCGUCUGCAGUUGCACUUUCCUCUGUACUACUCCAUGCCCUACCGCGCGGUAGGCGCGAUCUUCCAGGGCACAGUAUUCGUGGUCGGCUUCCUCGGCAACAUCCUCGUGGUGGUGGUGGUGUACAGGUCCCGAGCCAUGCACACCCCCACCAACUGCUACCUUGUCAGCCUGGCAGUGGCGGACAUCACCGUACUCAUCGCCGCAGUACCCAACGAGGUCUUCAUGUACUUCCUGGUAGCGCAAGCCUGGCGCUGGGGCAACGCCGGCUGCGCCAUCCUCGUCUUCUUGCAGAACAUGGGCAUCAACGCGUCCGCGCUGAGCGUGACGGCGUUCACAGUGGAGCGCUUCAUCGCCAUCUGCCUGCCGCUGAAGGCGCGCACCAUCUGCACGGUCAGCCGCGCCAAGCGCAUCAUCCUGGCCGUGUGGGUGUUCGCCUUCCUCUACUGCAUCCCCUGGGUCUUCCUCACCAAGGUCAGCCCCGUCCGCUACAUCGGCGUCAGCGACGUGCAGCAGUGCACCUUCAAGCUGACCCGCCAGGCCUACCUGGGCUACUUCUUUGCCGACAUCGUACUGUUCUACGUGGUGCCUCUGCUGGUGAGCAGCGUGCUCUACACGCGGAUCGCUGUCGUGGUCUUCCGGCCUCCGAUGGUGCUCAAGCAGUCCGAAGGACCUGGCGGAGUGGUGGCGGAGGUGAUCAAGAUGCUGGUGAUGGUGGUGUCUCUGUUCGCGCUGCUCUGGCUGCCCUACCGCAGCAUGCUCGUCUACAACUCCUUCGCCCAGACGGCCGAAGACAAGUACAUGGACCUGUGGUUCCUCAUGUUCGCCAAGACAUGCGUCUACAUCAACAGCGCCAUCAAUCCGAUUCUGUACAACGCCAUGUCGGCCAAGUUUCGUCGAGCGUUUCGUCAGGCGUUCCGUCUAAUCCGGUGUAAGCAGCGUCCUGCAGCCUAUUAUGGUAUGGAGGUGAUCAGCAGUGGUCUGCAACGCUCUGGAGUGACGGUUCGUGGCACUCCGGGCCGGGCGGUACACCGCUCCUACGUGUAACUCGUCGUUUGCGUGUGAGUCGCGCGAUACACCGCUCAUAUGUGUAACCCCUCGUCCGAGUGUGAGCCGAGUGAUACAUCACUCAGCUGCUCUGAGAAUCAUUUAGACAGUCUGAUUGCUGGGAGCGCCGCAGUAAGACCGCGUGUGGGGGACGGGGGUAUUGAAUGGAUCAACUCCUGUCUCCAGGUAACAUCAUACGUGUGAGGAACUACAUAUAUGAAACAAUCACACGAGAGGACAUGACGUAUUACCGUAAGCUACACUGUACUGACCUGUGACAGACUAUAUGACUUGUGAAAUAUGUGUAAGAUUCAAGCUCACUGGAAGAUCUCACCAACGUGUAAAUCAUUGCUACUUUUUUCUAAAAACUUAUGUACAGACAGCUGAAUGUUUAUUUAGGUAGGUACUCGUUAUUGGAGCAUUUAUAUAUGUUUUGUGUUUUUACAAUAUCAGCAGAAAAAAAAAGACAAAAAUAACGUUCCUUGGGGAUU